ACAGGGCUUUACGUAACGUGACGUCAAAGAGCGGGAAGUGCAAAUCUGUUUACGGAAGUUGCUGAGGAAAACCCGUGUUAACUUGAUUUUUAUCAUUAUUAACCAUUUUAUUUCAAUAAUUCCGUUUAAUUUUAAUUAUAUGUUAUAUGAGGUAACACUGCUCUUUGCGUUUGACGAGUGGUAGCUUUAUUUAAACGUCAUAUUUCAAUGGAUAUUGAGGUCGAUAUAAUUGAGUUUAAAGUUCCUAUUGAAAACAACAAAACCAUUUUUAUUUGGGACAUACAGCCGAUAUUUUCAGAGGCGUAUAUUUUUGAGUCCUUGUGGAAAGUGUAUUCAGCAUUUGGAGCUCUCUAUCUGGUGAAGGUGUGUCCCAAUGCCACAGUAGCUGAACCGGGCUUCUACGCACUGGUGAAGUUUUACUCAGCAGUUCAAGCGUCCAAAGCUCAACGGGCCACUGAUAAACAAUGUCUUUUUCAAAACUCGCCUGUAAAGGUCAGACUGAGUACAAAACAAAAUCUCGCCUUUUAUACUUCUAAACCUCUGAGUCUUUCCAAAUGUCUGGACCUGGCCCAUCACUAUCUGGGCUUUAGUGGCUGGUCUACUCGCAUUAUAACUUUGAAGGAUCUCUCAAGUUGUGUGGAUGCUGGGUGCCCAGAAGAAAGAGACAGUCAGGGUGUGAUUUUGAAAUAUGGCUGCGUAGUAGAGUUGACUCUUAAACAGCAUGAAGUGAGCUGUCGGGGGGUUGGUGUGGCAGAAGAGAUCAUCGACAGUGAUCGGGACCCAGAGGAAAAGCUGAGAAAAAGAGGUACACUGAUGAAGCGAGCCAAAGACAAAGCUGUAGUGAGUGCCUUUGAAAAAGUGCUUCUCAUGGUCCUGGGAAAUGGAAAAAUAGCAAUUGAAUGCAGGUUUGAUCCAGAUGAGAUUCUUCCAGAGGAAAAUUCUGAAGGAGUCAUAAAGGUUAAUGACAUUCCCUGGAAUGAGUUAGAUGGUGCUGACAGUAAUACUGAAGAGGACUUCCCAUGGGACCUCACUGUGGAUGUCCCUCAGUGACACCUGCCUUUAGACCAGCUUUGCCUAUCCACAAGCAGCCAAUAUUUUCCAGAUAAGUGACAACCAAAAAAAAAAAGUUCCCCAUUUUGAACGAGAAAUUAGGUUUUGAGGGUUUGCAUUUGAUGGAGGGAAAUAUAAGCUUAGGUACUUUUGUGUUAAAAUGAAUGCUUUGCAAACAAUUCAGUCACAACAGUGUUACAGUUUUACAAACAGUAUUUUUGUUACAAUGUGCUAAAGUGCUUCGUAUUUGACAAAAAAACAAAGUAUGUUUUAUUAUUUUUUUAAAUAAGUUCCAGAGCUUUUGUGGCUGUGGUCUGGUUUAAGACCGCAAGCAUGGCCAAAACUAAAACCCACUUAUAGAAACUAGAAUCCUGAGAGCAGGAAUACAAGAGAAAACCUCAGAUUAUCAAAAACGUGCAAACAUUUAAAAGUGACCGUAAUGUCACUGUGUUUCAAGCAAACUUUGUGGUUAACCUCACGAUCUCAGUUCAACUGGCUGAACAUUUCACUUCUUUAUUUUCAUAAAAACACUUUUUGUUUUUUGUGUUUCUGAUAUGUUGCAGUAAACUCAAGACACACCAUUGGUUUGAAUGUCAAGCCAGGUAUCAAUAUUAACUUAUAUUAAGUAACAUUAGCAUUUAUUAUUGCCACCUUUGUUGGGCAUAUCACUUGCAUAAUUAAAAAAAAAAUGUUUGUUUAAUGUUAUGGGUUAUAAUGUGUAAAAUAAAAUGUUUAAUAGGAGUA